AUGGCUGGCCCCAAGAAGGGGUCAGCCGGCGCCGCCGUUGGAAGCGCCGCGGAGACCAAUCACUGGUUGGAGAGGAUCUCGCUCCAAUUGAAGCAGAUGACUGAGGUGCUUUGCAAGUUGGCAAAGGUGCCGGUGCCGGAGACUUCAAUGGUGGAGGAUGAGUUUGGUGGGGGUGUGGUUGUUGAUGAGUAG